AUGAUGAAUCUCAAAUCCCUUGCAUUCGCCCUGUUCCAGGCUGUGGCGGUUUACGGAUACGCGAACCCCGGAGCUUGCUCAGGUGCCUGCAUCAUCCAUGACCCUGCUUUAAUUCAGAGCGCUGAUGGAACAUACUAUCGGUUCUCCACGGGCGGUAACAUUGCUGUUGCUUCUUCUUCAUCCAUCAAUGGUCCGUGGACAUCUCGUGGAUCUGUAUUGCCUAGCGGAUCCAAGAUUGACAAUUCCGGAAAGAAUGACCCUUGGGCCCCCGAUGUGACAAAGGUAGGUGACCUCUACCACGUCUACUACUCUGUAUCGACUUUCCAAACUCAAAUCUCUGCCAUUGGUCUUGCGACCUCCCCAACUAUGGCAGAGGGUUCUUGGACUGACAGGGGCUCUAUUGGGGUUUCAUCUACAACGGGAAACCAAUACAACGCCAUUGAUGCCAAUCUCCUGAUUGACGGCUCCAACAAGUACCUGACCUUUGGAUCAUUCUGGGAAGACCUUUUCCAAGUCACACUGAAUGGUGAUGCUACCCAGGCGACUUCAACUCCGGUAAAUGUUGCGUUUGAUCCGGCUGGCGAGCACUCGGUUGAAGGCCCUACCUUAUACAAAUAUGGCAACUAUUACUACCUCUUUUACUCAUGGGGAAAAUGCUGUCACUAUGAUACGGAUAUGCCUGGGGUAGGGGAAGAGUACAGGAUCAAAGUUUGUCGAUCGACCACCCCCACUGGGAACUUUGUCGACGCAAACAAUGUUUCAUGCAGGAAUGGGGGUGGCACCGUUGUCCUUGAAAGCCAUGACUAUGUCUAUGGACCUGGUGGACAGGGUGUCUACACUGACCCAACUCUUGGUCCCAUUAUUUACUACCAUUACAUUGAUACGAGGGUUGGCUAUGCUGAUUCUCAGAAGACCUUCGGAUGGAACAAACUUGAUUUCUCAAGCGGAUGGCCUAAAGUUUGA